AUGGAGUUUGCAACGGGGGCGCUGGGCACCCUGCUUCCGAAGCUUCGCCAGCUGCUCAAGGAUGAGUACAACCUGCACAAGGGAGUCAAGAAGGACAUCGAGUUCGUCACAAGAGAACUAGAGAGCAUUCGCGGCGCCCUCCGCGAUGUCGGAGAGGUGCCACAGGAGCAGCUUAAAGAAUCUGUCAAGAUUUGGGCUCGGGAUGUUCGGGAGCUCUCCUAUGACAUGGAGGACAUAGUUGACACCUUCCUUGUGCAUGUUCAGGGCUCUGAGCCUCCCAGCAAAAGGAGCAUCAAAAGAUUCAUCAAGAAGAUGACAAGUAUUGUGAGCAAGGCCAAGACACGUCAUGAGAUCGGCCAAGAGAUCAAGGACAUCAAGGAGCGUGUCAAGGAUGUGGCCGAGCGACGGGACAGGUACAAGGUUGAUUCUAUUGCUCCUACCAAAACCUCAGUGGACCCUCGCAUAACAGCUCUGUACACUAAAGCGGCUAGCCUUGUUGGCAUUGAUGAGCCAAGGGAAGAGCUGAUAUCGCGGUUGACAAGAGAACAUGGUGGCAUGUCGUCUGCUGAACAAAGGAUAGUCUCUAUUGUUGGCUUUGGAGGACUAGGCAAGACAACGCUUGCUAAAGGAGUUUAUGACAAGCUUAAACCGCAAUUCAAUUGCACGGCUUUUGUAUCAGUGUCUCGUGAUCCGGACAUUAUGAAAGUUCUGAAGGACAUUCUUUAUGAGCUUGACAAGAAAGAGUACAAGGACAUCCACAACACCGCAUUGGGUCAACAGCAUCUCACCGAUCUUGUCCAUGAAUUCCUCAAAAAUAAGAGGUACCUCAUUGUUAUAGAUGAUAUAUGGGAUACAGAACCAUGGGAGAUAAUAAGAUGUGCUCUACCUGAGAAUGUCCUGAAAAGCAGAAUAAUCACAACUACACGCAUAAUUGAUGUUGCUGAGCAUGUUGGCGGUUGCUACAAGCUGAAACCUCUUACUCACCACAACUCCAAAAUGUUAUUCUAUGGACGGAUAUUUGGCUCGAAAGCGAUUGUCCUAAACAGUUUUCUGAUAUACUGGAUAUGCUGGCGAGCUCCCAAGGGAGAUAGGGAAGCUACAGUUUUGCAGACAUUGGACUUCCAAGGAACUUGUAUAAAAGAAGUGCCAUUGAGUAUCUUCAGGCUGAGACAAUUAAUGAGCCUUGAUGUUGGGGACAGUUCAAGGCUGCCAACCACAAGUGGGUUGAGAAAUCUAUCAUCUCUGGAGCAGCUACACAUGAAUGUGGAUUCUACAAACAUUGCAGAAGAGCUGGGCCAUCUGACGCAACUGAGGGUGCUAUGGGUUAUGCUCAGAAAUUACAAGGAAGGCAGAUGGGAUGAAAGCAUGUGCAGAGUUCUGUUGGGGUCCCUUGGCAAACUACACAAAAUCCAAACUCUAAAAGUAGUAAUCUCAGAUGACGUGGAAGUUGAUCUUGAACGCUCAGUGGACUCCCUGUGGAAUCUAUCUCGGCUUGUUAUUUAUGGAACCAGUCGGUUGCCGACAUGGAUCGAUCCCGCGUCAUUUCUCCUCCUAUCCUACCUGCGCAUAAAGGUGGGUCAAGUUAGAAGUGAGGACAUCCAAGUCCUCUGCAUGCUGCAGGCUCUUCGUGUUCUGGACGUGAAAGUGGCUGGCGCCAAACAAGUGUUUGAAAGGUUCAUGAUUAGGGCAGAUGCCUUCCCAUGUUUGACGCGGUGCAAAUUCUCUGGGUUUUCAACGGUGCCAUCUAUGUUCCCACCUGGAGCUAUGCCCAUGCUUCAACGUUUUCAAUUCUAUAUCCGAGCAGAGGAUUUCGGGGAUAGUGAAUUUACUGUUGACGACCUGACCAUAAGCCACCUUCCGUCCCUUCGUACAGUUCGGGUUCACCUUGAUGGAGACGAGACAGUCAGUGAUGAGUUGGCAAUGAAAGUAAAAGAUGCGCUGAGGAACGAGGCACGUGCCCACCCCAACCAUCCUGAAAUUUGUAUGGGAAUUGAUGGCCAAUGGAUCCUGCUUUGCAUAGCUUCUCUUGGUUCUAUAACCAUGUACAGUGUACCUCAUGCAUAUUGCAGUUUGUUCGAAGUUGGAGAAGCGACUGGGCCACCAGAGACGACAAGAGGACUGGCAGGCGUUCCUAGAGAUGGUGGCGAACUUCAAGAUGAAGUCGUCCAUGCAGAGGGCGUUGCUAGAGAUGGUGACCACCUUCAACAUCCGCACCGCGGCAUCGUCAAGAAACCUCCACUGUACCUCAGCACCGACCACAUGCGCCGCGACGAAGUCACGCACGGCUGCUUCGUCGACGCCUCCCUCGUGCGAAACCUAACGUUCGUGUUGGACCGGCUUAACUGCAGUUGUGCCACAAACAACAGAUUUCCCGCUUUGGACCACCACCUGGCUGACGUUGUUAAAACAAGCGAGAAAUUGAUCGAGUGUAAAGAGCAACUUACUAACCUCGGUGCUCGCUAUCUAAGUCCAUAUAUGAGCAAAACAGCACCAGCAGCUCAUCUCCUGGCUUCCAGCAAAACAGCACCAGAGAGCAAAACUCGAGCAGCAGCUCAACUGAAAAAAUGCUCUCAACGAUGA